AUGCCUUAUGUAAUUGUGAAUAUCCAGCAACAGUGCUGUUCUGGUAGCUGGCAUUUUAAAAAUAUUUUUUUAAGUCUGUAGAGACUGACCAAUCCUGCUCUUUUUGUCGCCAUGCUUUUUCUCAUAUUUUGUGUUCUACUUCUAGUUUAUAAGAUCACGGUUUCCAUAUGUAUGGCAUUUUCUUUUUGCACAAAUUACCUGCCCAGCUACCUGUCAGUGUUGGUAUUUAGGACAUGCACAGCUAUCGGUCACUGCUGAAAUAUAGGACAUACAUAACUGAUAUUCAUUGCUUGUAUGUAGGGCAUGCAAAACGGUCUGUUAUUGUUUUAAUGCAGGUACUAUUGAUGUCUAACAUUACCCAUAAUUCAGAACACCGCUUUCUGGCUGUUGCUGGAAUGCCGGCAUCAGCUCAGCUAUCUGUUGCUCUCAAGCAUGCUCCACUAUCUGUUGCUGGUGAACGACAUCAGUCCGAGUUAAAAUACAAACCUACUACCAAUGAUCACGACUAAAAUUAAUGGACAUCCAUAGCUACUGACAGCUCUGUAAUAGAUGAUCAUGUACUGCUUUUCACCAUGAUUUACAUGAUUUCUCUGCCACUUCUUCUCUUACUCUGCUCAUCGCUGCUGUCUGUAUAACACGCACAGCUGGAUCUCAGAACUGCACAUUAGUCAAUUUCACAGCUCUUUUUCACAGCUCUCAAUCUGAAAAUUCUCAGCUUGUUAUCCACCAGUGGCUACCUUUUUAAUAAUAGAUGUGAUUUGCUGAGUUUCCACUUUAAAGUUUGCUUAGCAGCAAAGCUAAGAGAUGUUAAACAUUACCUCUGAAAUGAUUCAUUUUCUCUUACCCUGAUGGUUCAUUUGAGUAUAUUGCUCUAAUUACCUCUACUGUUCCAUAAUAGUGUCCUCUAAAACAUUAGAGAGAUCUUUGAUUGUCACAACUAUGAGCUUGAGGGAGUUAAUGCAUAACCAAUUCAUGUAUAUUUAAUUUUCCCUAUACUUUUUUAGAAGUGGAAUCCAUUCAAUAUAUUGGCUGUAAAUACAGAUAGCGUAGGUGUAAAAAGUAUGCACACUGUGAUUGAGAUUGUGAUUUAAAGUCUUAUCACUACAUUUGCACCUCUUUUCCGUGGUAGAAUGGAGAAGAGAUGAUCCGGGGUGUAUAAUUACAAAUACAGUUUAUGCAAAUGUAUUUGUUAUAACUCACGUUAUUGGAUUAGUGGUAUUCACUACUUUUUGACGUGAAAUACUAAAAUAGCUGUUAAACACCAGAUAGACCAAAUCUGGUUGGAAUUUAGUCAGCCUGACCAGAUUUGCACCAAUUGCCCAGAUGCAUUUAAUGUCUGGAUUAAAUACAUGGGGGAUGUUGCUCAUUCGCACAUUAUCAUUCACUUGCAGUUGGUGGGCAAAUCAUUCAAAAACCCUCGGCAAUGCGAGGGCAGUAUGUAGAAGUGCUAGCUAACCUGCCUCCAAAAUAAACAAAAAUAGUCUAUGGGUGUCAUAAUGAUCCCCAUAUUACUAUAUGGGAGAUUUUAAACCUCUCCAUGCCCCCUAUCUGAGAUAGAUAGAAUAUAUAUAUAUAUAUAUAUAUAUAUAUAUAUAUAUAUAUAUAUAUAUAUAUAUAUAUAUAUAUAUAUAUAUAUAUAUAUAUAUAUAUUCAUAAUGAUCCCCAUCCCCAUUAUAUAUAAUCUAUCUAUCUCAGAUAGGGGGCAUGGAGAGGUUUAAAAUCUCCCAUAUAGUAAUAUGGGGAUCAUUAUGAAUAUAUAUAUAUAUAUUUAUUAAAUUAGCAACUUGUCAGCCAUUGCUGCCCAGUCAGUAGGAAGGCCUCAUGUGGUCUGUAAAAUAGUGGGGGGACUUUAAUGUGGCCAGCAGUUGGGUGCUAUUAAAUUAUUAAAUUAAAUUUAAAAAAAAAAAUGGGUGCAGUGGUCAGUAUGUUGGGGCUUCUAAUUUUAUUAUAAUAAUAAUUCCAGCUCCACAUAUUGGUGGCAGGUGUGAGCUCUACCAUAAUUUACUUUUAUGCAGAUACACUCCUUAAUGGUUGUUAAUGACAAUAUUUUAAAUUUGCUGGGAUGUUUAUUGUUGGGGAGAAUUAAAAGUACAGGUGUGUGUGGGGAGGGGGGUGUAGGGGGAAUGGAGCCUAACCCGCUACUUUGAAAAUAUAUAAAGCGAUAUGCAGUCCUACUCUAACAAAAAUCUUUUAUUACACGGAUCUUUUUGCAUUUUAGGAGUAAAUCCUUCAAGUCUUGGUGUGGUGGUAAUGCAACUAAAUGUUCCAAAUGGCCCUCAGUCUUCUUCACAAAACCCACCAAUGGUCCAGUGGAACCACUGCAAAUAUUUCAGUGUUGACCAGCGGGGUCAGAAACCUGAGCAUCUUUACAGUCCAGAUGCCAAUACUCAGGUAGGCAAAAAAAGAUUUUUGUUACUCUUUACUUUACACGCUUUUUAUGUCAAAAUGAAUAUCACUCUAACAGUUAUUAUAUUUAGACACUAUUCUUAUGCAGCAUUAAUAAUAUAAAAAUUAUACAUUGCUUAUUAUUAUUAUUAUGUUUUUUUUUGUUUGUUUUUUAAAUUUGAAGGCCAAUAACUUGAUGAGCAGCCCCAUGACAUCCCCAGCACAGUCACCUACACCAUCUCCAGGCUCCAACAUGAAUAGUGUGUGCACUGGGCUCUCGCCAAUCUCUGUGAUUUCACAGUUCCCCCGGCCAGUGGGACCAGCACAAGGUAAAACAUGUGAAAGUGUCAGCUUAUUAUAUUUGUGUGUUAACGAAAAUAAAAUAGUUCCAACAUGUUAAUUUACUAGCUUGUGGCUCAGACAUAGUUUCUUUAUUUAUUUGGCAGAAUUAACUGGAUAGAUUGUAAGCUCGGUUAAACACGACCACCUUCACCCCUAAAUAGCCCCUUUAAUUGUAAAACGCUGUGGAAUAUGUUGGUGCUGUAUAAAUGUUGCUAAUAAUCAUGCAAUCAAAAAUGGGAAAAACUUAAAAGAAGUCAGCAUUUGCAAUGAUAUGGGGGGAGGGGUGGGGUACACCAGGUGAAUGGUGAAAAGUAAUUCCCUUGAAGACCCAACAGUGAGUUACAGGAACACACGUAAGGCAAUAUUUAUGUCUAGCACUUUAAAAAAAGGAAUGGUAUAGAUUUAUUUGCGGAUUUAUUUUUCCUUUAAACAAAACAAAAAGGGGGUGGGGGGUAAUUGUAUUUUUAACUUUUGUAUUGGGUUCAUAACAAUAAGACACAAUUAAAUGUUGAACACAGGCAUUGAAAGCAGAAUUCCUACCAGAAUUCUCCUAUGUUGAUAAAUGAUUUAAGCCAUUAAAUUUCUUCCCAAAUUAAACUGAACCUGUAAUGACAGCUACCAGUUUGCAGUGUUCUUACUAUCUGGCUUUACACAUGCUAUACAAUUGUUUCUUCUCUUAAUACUAUUAAAAGCUCAUAUUUAAAUUUAUUUCCAUUACCCUUUUGCUGACCGAAUCAAUCAUGUUUUCAGUGGGUGUUACACUUUCUAGAAGAUACAUCCCUUCUGCACACCCCUGUUUGGGAGUACAGGUUUAAAGUCCCUAACACUUUAUGCUGUCUUGUUGUAUGUAAUUAAAACUUUUUAGUUCAUUUUGUCUGUCCAAAGCUGCUGCAAUAAAUCUGGCCUUUUCUCUCCUUUCUCUAUGGUGCUACUCUCACACCUGGUCUGCCUGUCCCUUCUCCCUCCUUUCCAUUGCAGGAAUUGCUUUGCUUUAGACCAAAGGCAAGCAGGGGAGACACCCAGAGGAGGGUUUCCCUGAUCAGAUAUGCAGAUCACAGCCUUCUUAUGUCAGAGACUGGAUUGACUAGCAGGAGGAGGGAAGGGUUGUUUUACGAACUUCUGAUUUUAUAGAAAACUAGAUAUUUGCCAGCAAUCCCCCUAGCACAAUGUAUAGAUGAAAUCUGAUUACUUAUGUAAAAUUACAUUAUUUUUGUCAUGACAGGUACACUUUAAUGUUUCAUUAAUAAGUAGAAUUUAAGUCAUUUUAUAGAGUAAAAUUAAAGAAAAUUCUAAAAUCUAUCUGUGGUUCUGUAUUAUGUCUUGGAAAAUAAGCAAGUAUAAUAUGAAGGUUGUGUUGGUUGGUGCCUCAAGAUGUUACCUUCAUAUAAUUUAUCUAAAGUAUUUUUAGGACAAAAAAAUACAAAUUGCAUGUAUCUAACUAAAUGAGACUAUUUCAGUGGAAUAUUGUGUUUAGUUGUGAAUAGUGAAGCACAAUAUUACAUCGAAUUUCUACAUACCAAGUAAUGCAGAUAGAUUGUUCUCUUGACAGCUCUGCUUUGUUUUAUAUAAAACUCCAGAUUUUCCCCCCCCUUCAGGUGAUGCUCGUUACUCUCUGCUUGGACAACCACUGCAGUACAACCUCUCUGUCUGUCCUCCAUUAUUGCACAACCAGUCACCUUAUUCAGCACAAAUGGUAUGCUACCAUAAGUAUAUGUGUAAUGUUUAGUUUAACACAUUUUAACCCAUGUCUGUGAAAUGGAGUUGAGCUUUACUUAAAAGUUUACUCCAAUCACCAUGACCACUUCAGUUGCUUAACCCCUUAAGGACACAUGACAUGUGUGACACGUCAUGAUUCCCUUUUAUUCCAGAAGUUUGGUCCUUAAGGGGUUAAAACACUGAACAUCCUGAAAGACUGGCAGUUGUGUGCUAGGGGCAAGUUGCACCCCUAGCACACAUAAUGUAGGCAGCCUGGAACUCAAUUCCAUCCUGCCUAAUGUCAAUUCUGUGCAUAAUAGUCUGUCGUCAGUGCGAACAGCACUUAUCUGCCCGCCUUCCCACAUUGAUUGCGCCCCUCCCCUUUUCCCUUCCUUUGUGAGCUCAGAGCACAUGCAUGCACUCUGAGCCCAUAAAAUUUUCUAGUCAAAGUUUUCUCUUCGAGAAGCCUUUGAUUGGACCUUGGCAUGGCUCCCAUGACAUCAGAUGAGCUUUUCCUGGCGCUGGAUUUUUAAGGUUAGCAAAAUCUUACUUAAAAAUGCCCUUUGGGCAUUUUUAACUCCUUAAGGACACAUGGCAUGACUGUGUGACAUGUCAUGAUUCCCUUUUAUUCCAGAAGUUUGGUCCUUAAGGGUUUAAAUAAGGUAAUAAUGCCACUAGUGCAUUAUUCUAUGAAAAAUAAAGGUUUGGAGAAACUCAAACUCCCCUCCUUUCACUAUUUUAACCCCUUAAGGACACGUGACAUGUCAUGAUUCCCUUUUAUUCCGGAAGUUUGGUCCUUAAGGGGUUAAACAUUUGAAAAACAUUGCAUUGAAAAUUAAGAAAGUCAAAGACGGAAACCUACGUUUUAACUUUUUUGCUCAAAAUUUCUACUUUAACCUCAUUUAGUGUUGCAGCCACAUUGGUUGACAAAGUGUGUGAAAUGAGAUGGCAAAGUCUGUUUGUAUGCAAACUUUUCAGGCAUCUCACAGUGAUUUUUUUUUUUCCCCUUCAUACUUCCUACGGUACAGACAGGGAUGAAACAUGGAAAUCGAGGAAAGAGGCAAGCUCUGAAAUCCGCAUCCACGGACUUGGGCACAGCUGACAUAGGUAAGUAAUGUUUAACCUGUUAGCAAGUAUUGUUUAACAUAUAGAGUAUGUGUAAGCUCUAGAAAUGUAGAAAAGAGUGGGGUAGCCUUUGAACAGGCAGGCUCACCAACAAUAGCAAUAAGGUAAUGGACUGUCUAGCCCAGGGAUAGGCAACCUUUGGCACUCCAGAUGUUGUGGACUACAUCCCCCAUAAUGCUCUGACACCCUUAAUGCUGACAAAGCAUCAUGGGAGGUGUAGUCCAAAACAUCUGGAGUGCCGAAGGUUGCCUAUGCCUGGUCUAGCCUAAAGUGCUAUUGAUCUAGCGGUUUGUUUUUUUAUGUUUUUUGGGGUUAUUCCAAUUUUAAUAUAUUGUGUGCAGUAAUUCUUGAGUCACCCUGAUGAAAAAGGAGUUUGUAGUAAUAAUGUAAAAGACAACUUUUAACUAACCAAAUGACUCAUUAACCCCUUAAGGACACAUGACAUGUCAUGAUUCCCUUUUAUUCCAGAAGUUUGGUCCUUAAGGGGUUAAACUCUGUAGACUUGUUUUUGACUUUAAAAUCUCUCUUUAUUCAAUAUUUUUUUUUUAAAGAUUUCACUUUUUGAAACACUACCCAUUGUCUUGUACUAUAGAUCUGUACAGCUGACCAGCCCUCCUGUACACACCACCUACGGUUUCUCAGUUGUGGACUGUAGAGACAGGUCAGCAAACAAAACCGCAAAGAGAAGUGCAUAUAAAUAAUGAUAAAAUAAAAGUUGACAAAAUAAAACCGUCCUAUACGUAUACAUUUUGUCUGUAUAGUCAGGCUUCCUAAGAGACAAUUGUUAGCAGCAAUGCCUUCAAUUAUCACUGAUGAAGUCUGACUAUACAGAUGAAAUAUGUAACACUGGGACUGUUUUAUUUCAUCUAUUUUUUAUUUUAUAAUUUUGUUUUGUUUUUAUAUACAUUUAUUUCAUCACGGUUCUCUUUGCUGUGCUGUCCCUACUGUCUACAGCAGAGAAUAAAAUGGGAUGUGUGAUCAGGAGGCUGAUCAGGAAGUGUAUAACCUUACAACAUUGCCUGUUAGAACAAAUGAAAAACUAUUAGCUUGGCAUGGUGAUUUAAAGAUACAUGAAAUACUGUCUGCAGCAAAAGACAGUAGUAAGCCUUCUAUUUCUACUUUCCUAAGCGUGCAACUUAGGCAGCCUUUAGGGUUCAUUUAUAUGGUUAAUUCCCUAUGAUUUUUUAUUUCAUGUUUUAUUAUAUCCCCUUUUUGUAUUGCAUUUUUUUAUAAAGAAUUGAAGAGUCCUGGAGAGUACAACUUUUUUUUAAGGAAGAGUAUUUCUAGUUUAUCUUUAUUUGCUUAUGGGUGGGUUAACAUGGUGUGUUUUUGAUCAUGAAUGUAUGCUUGACUUGUUUUAGAAUAGCAGUUUGUGUACAGCUGAACGUGCAAAUGUAUUACAACCCUACAGCAGAUAUGUUUUCUACCUGCCUCUCUUCUUAUUUUCUCUCCAAGUGCUUGGCCGGGUCCUGGAGAUAACAGACCUGCCUGAGGGCAUUACACGAGCAGAAGCAUGCAAACUUUUCACCCAGUUGGCAAUGUCUGGUGCCAAAAUCCAGUGGUUGAGGGACGCUCAGAGUCAUAACACAGGGCCUGGUGGCGACAACAAUGGACAUGCCGAAAAUGGCCGUCAAACCCAUAACAAUGACCUGGCAGCCUUGUAUACCAUCGUGGCAGUCUUCCCCAGCACCACGGCAGCACAGAAUGCCUCAUUGCAGAUCAACAGCCCAAUAAGUCGCUUUAGACUGCGCAGCAUAAAAAAGAACUUGCGCAUACUGGAACGUGCCAGCUCACAAUAG